AUGAGUGCCUCAAUCAUAGGCCAACGUCGGUCUUUUGACGGAAAUCUAUGCACCAUUCGUUAUGUGGGCACUGUUGAAGGCACCACCGGCGACUGGUUAGGAGUGGAAUGGGACGAUGCAACUCGUGGCAAGCACUCGGGAGAGCAUAAGGGUACUCGAUAUUUUACAUGCAAAAGCAAGUAUCCCACAGCGGGGUCAUUUGUUCGUCCCUCCAGGCCCUCAGACCAACCCCGGAGCUUUCUUGAAGCUCUACGGGAGAAGUAUGCCUCUGAGCCUGUGCAGAGCAGUGCCUCAGAUGGUUCAGAAGGGACAGUGCCCAGAGGCAAUGCAAUUGAAAUCAGCGGCAAAGUUGUUGAGGAAGUUGGCUUCGACAAGAUUCGGCGACAGCUCGCAGAGCUACAGGAACUACGUAUUGUUCUACUCGAUGGCCUACGAGUUGUGGGAAUAUUGCCAUCUUACAGCCAAGACCAUGGCCCAGAGAGUGAUGCGGCCCAGCAGAUUGGCCUGACUUGUCCCAAGAUCACAGAACUUGAUCUCAGUCGAAGCCUGUUGAAUCGAUGGCAGGAUGUUUGGGAUAUUUGCAACCAGCUCAAGCACUUGAAAGGACUAAGGCUGAACGGCAAUCGGUUCCAACCCAUGGAGGAUAAUCUCAUCUUCAAGGGAAUCACCGAGCUUCGAUUGGAAGAAACAUUGCUGAGCUGGAAUGAAAUUGCUGCAAUCGCGUCACGGUUCCCUAACCUGACAUCUCUAACAGCAUCUGCAAAUCAACUCUCGGAGAUAUCAUGCGAGCUCCCCAGCACCAUCACGACACUAACCCUGGAGCACAACGAAAUCACCUCAAUCUCAGCUUUGCGCCACCUAUCCGCCCUUCCAAACCUAGAGCAUCUCUCUAUCCGAGGAAACCUCAUCAACACCGUGACCACAGACCCAGCCACAACCUUCCAAUUCCCCAAAACUCUCCGCUCUCUCGACAUCUCCCGCAACAAUAUAACAACCUGGACCCUCCUCAACGACCUCCCAACCAUAUUCCCAGGCCUAACAACCCUCCGAAUCUCCAACAAUCCCCUCUUCGACCUCCCACCCCUCCCACAAUCCAUCACAGCCCAAACCUCAGAAACCAAACCAAUGACCCUCGACGAAGCCUUCAUCACCAUCACACCCCAAGACCGCCUAAACGCAGAAAUGUACUAUCUCUCCCUAAUCGGCAAAGAACUCUCCGCCACCAGCGAAGCAGAAGAACCCACCAUUCUAGCCACGCACCCGCGCUAUACCGAGCUAUGCAAUACAUACGUCGAACCCACCAUCACGAGAACAGCCGUGUCAGACGCAUCCGGGACAAGGGUAAUUCACCCACGAUCCGUAGCGGCCAGACUAGUCAGGAUGGCUUUUCGAUUGCGCGAUUCGCAUGAGCAUGAGCAUGAUCGGGUCCUUGUGAAAGAGAUCCCGGGCUCCUUUGAUACAUACCAGGUCAAAGCGAUUGUGUCGAGGCUCUUUGAGCUUCCGGCGUUUGGAUUCCGGUUGAUUUGGGAGACUGAUGAGUGGGAUCCGAUAGAGAAGGAAGCUGUUGAUGAGGCUGCUGAUUGGGAUGAUGAUAGUGAUGAUGAGGGACAGGUUGGAUCGGCUCGGGUUGAGGCUGGUUUGGGGAGCAAUCCUGAUGAGAGUCGGUUUAUGCGCCGGGAGGUUGAUCUGGUGGAAUCGACUAGGGAUAUUGGAUUCUUGUUCCAGGGUGAAAAGGGGGGAGGUUAA